GUUUAUGAUUUGUCAGGCGAAGAGAGGUUAGAGUUUCCUUUACCGCACGGAAGAAUGGCCGAUGAGAAGAAAGAAACUGUCCCACCAACAAAAAAAUUGCCGGCAGUGCCGGAGUCGGUGUUAAAGAGAAAAAAACACCGCGAGGCAGUGAAAGCUGCGCGUUUACAAGUCUCCAUCAAGCAACGUGCAGAUCGCUAUAAAAAGAGAAAGCAGAUUUUCAAAAGAGCCGAGGAGUAUGUGAAAGAAUAUAGGCGAAAGGAGAGGGAUGAAAUUCGAUUGAUGAGACAAGCUAAAAACCGUGGAAAUUAUUAUAUUCCUGGUGAAGCACGUCUUGCAUUUGUUACCCGUAUUCGAGGUGUGAACCAAGUUGCUCCUAAAGUACGAAAGGUAUUGCAAUUGUUCCGUCUAAAACAGAUCAACAAUGGUGUUUUUGUGAAAUUGAAUAAAGCGACAAUCAAUAUGUUACGUAUUGUCGAGCCUUAUAUCACAUGGGGUUAUCCCAAUUUGAAAUCAGUUCGUGAAUUGAUCUACAAACGAGGCUUUGCCAAGAUAAACAGGCAACGCAUACCGAUCACAAGCAAUUCCAUUAUUGAGAAGAAACUCGGUCGAUCUAAUAUCAUUUGUACCGAGGAUUUAAUCCACGAGAUAUUUACUGUUGGUCCGAAAUUCAAAUACGCCAGUAAUUUCCUAUGGCCCUUUAAGCUUAAUACUCCAAAUGGUGGAUGGCGUAAGAAGACCAAUCAUUAUGUAGAAGGUGGUGAUUUUGGGAACCGAGAGGAUAAAAUCAACGAGCUUCUCAGAAGGAUGAUAUAAGUUUAUAAAAAUCUUCGUAAAUAAAAAUAUAUCCUCUAAUUAAA